AUGCCGUAGUGCAUAUACAGCUGAAUCACGCAAUAAUAUCUUUUAAAUGUUUCUGCUUCUAGACAGUGGAAAACCUAAAAGAAGUACAGUAGAUUCAAAGGCAAUGGGAGAAAAAUCCUUUUCUGUUCACAAUAGUGAUGGGGCAGUUUCUUUUCAGUUUUUCUUUAACAUCAGCACCAAUGACCAAGAAGGCCUCUACAGUCUUUAUUUCCAUAAAUGCUCUGGGAACGAAGUGCGGUCUGGCGACAAGUUUUCCUUCAGCCUUGAUAUUGAGAUCACAGAGAAGAACCCUGACAGCUACCUCUCCGCAGGAGAGAUCCCUCUCCCAAAAUUAUACAUUUCUAUGGCCUUUUUCUUUUUCCUUUCUGGAACCAUCUGGAUUCACAUCCUUCGAAAACGACGGAAUGACGUAUUUAAAAUUCACUGGUUGAUGGCGGCCCUUCCUUUCACGAAGUCUCUUUCCUUGGUGUUCCACGCAAUCGACUACCACUACAUCUCCUCGCAGGGCUUUCCGAUCGAGGGUUGGGCUGUCGUGUAUUACAUCACUCACCUCUUGAAAGGAGCACUCCUGUUCAUCACCAUUGCGCUCAUCGGCACCGGCUGGGCUUUCAUUAAGCAUAUCCUUUCCGAUAAAGACAAAAAGAUCUUCAUGAUAGUCAUCCCACUCCAGGUUCUGGCAAACGUGGCCUACAUCAUCAUAGAGUCCACAGAGGAGGGGACUACGGAGUACGGCUUGUGGAAGGAUUCUCUGUUUCUGGUAGACCUGCUGUGCUGUGGAGCCAUCCUCUUCCCAGUGGUGUGGUCAAUCAGGCAUUUACAAGAAGCAUCAGCAACAGAUGGAAAAGCUGCUAUUAACUUAGCAAAGCUGAAACUUUUCAGACACUAUUACGUCUUGAUCGUAUGUUACAUAUACUUCACCAGGAUCAUUGCAUUUCUCCUCAAACUGGCCGUUCCGUUCCAGUGGAAGUGGCUGUACCAGCUCCUGGAUGAAAUGGCCACGCUGGUGUUUUUUGUUCUAACGGGCUGUAAAUUCCGUCCAGCUUCAGAUAACCCCUACCUACAACUUUCUCAGGAGGAUGACCUGGAAAUGGAAUCAGUAGUGACGACGUCAGGGGUGAUGGAGAACAUGAAGAAAGUCAAGAAGGUGACCAACGGCUCGGUGGAGCCCCAGGGCGAUUGGGAAGGCACCGCGUGAUGGAGCAGCCUCGAGGCCGGGAUUGUCGAAGAGAACCUCUGAGUUGUUAAUCGUCCUAGUGGUGAGCAGGGGAAGUUGGCAGCUCCCGACGGUGACAACCACGGAGCACGCGGCUGGGAACAAAGUGCCAUGGAAACCUAAUUUUUUACUCUCUUUUAUGGAAACUGGGUCUGUGGCUGGUUACGGGCAGCUAGAGUUCUCCUUCAGGUGGGCAUGGUGGGGAGGGAGUGCAGACAGGAGGAGGAUAAAAGGAAGACUUUCUAAUUUAUAUUUCUUUCUUUUUUAAAUUGGGAACUCUCAAGAUGUAUGCAGUUGUGCCCCCGAGUGUGUGGCGGCAGGGAGCGGAGUGGGGGUGGGCGGGGAGGGGGGCGGCGGCACGAGGCUGGGGCCCGUCACGGCCCAGGAACAGGGCCGCAGGAAAUGAGCAGGGGCUGAGGGAGGAUACAAGGACUUAGAAGGGCAAGGGCACUUACCGUGGCGCCUUUGGGGGACAAAAUGAAUGAAAUUAGGUUAUUUUAGAAAGCAGUGUCCAAACCCAAUUUAGUAUGUGGAGCCUGCGUUUCCUGGCCCUGGAUGUUGUCCAAGGCCUUGACCCCAGAUUCUGAAAGUGACCAGGAACCAGCAGCUCUAGAGGCCUGCCUGGCCAUCUUCUUCCCAAGGGGCUCUGUCAUCUGAGGGCUGAAUGUCCCUGUCAGAGUCACGGCUCUGGAACUGUGGUAGGAAGUGUUUUUCUUGAUUGAAGCGUAUUUGGUAUUGUCUAAUGGAUGGACAGAAAUGUAUAUUUAAGCUCAGAAAGCGUAAUUUCGUAGGGUUUCCUUGAACAUCUGGCUCCUCUGACUGCCCGGAGCAGGACCACCUCUUUUCCCUCACUCAUUGUGGCUGUGUCUGUUUCGUGUAAUCAAAGUACGGGGAGAAACGGGAAGGAAUUUUGCUUAAAGGAGCAGCUGGGGGCAGAAAAGGUAGUGUUCAAGCAAAUAUUUAAGUGCAAGCAAAUAGUCAUCAUUAAAAAGUUUUUCCUAUAAACCAGCUAGGCUUUCAGACAGGAAUGAAACAGACCUCGUCCCUGUCUCCCAGGAGCAGGCAUGUCAAGAGAACGGGGGUGGUUGAGCAGAGCUUUACGCUCAGGGCCUGGGGAUGGCGAGCUCUUUCUGAGAGACUCAGCAGAGCGCCCUUCCAAACUUCUGGGGCCUGGAGAUGAGCGCAGGUAGCCCCCCCAAGGGAGCAGUGGUGCAGCUGGUAGCUCAGUCAUUUGGAUGAUGGGAUGAGCUCAGAAGGUCCACUGUGGUCCGGGGCGAGGUGGGCAGUAAUCUCCCACCAGGGUUAUGGUCGCCCAGGCCUGAGACCAGAGGCUGAACCAUGGCCUCGUCGGGAACGCUUCUUGUGGGUGCCGGGAUCCCACACCUGCCUGGGCCUGGGGAGGGGGGUGGGCAGCUGUCUCUGGAGGUGCAUUUCUCCUCCCUCGCUUGAAGCGUCCUUCAGAAACUGCAGGAUUCGGGGGUGGCGCUCAGCACCCCAGGUUCAGGCACCCCAGGAGUCUGUCCUCAGUUGUUGUCCCUCCCCUGUGCUGUUCUCUCUCCCGGAUGAAGGGAACAGGAAAGCAUUCUCUUCACGCACUCCUUAGCCCUCGGUGCUCUGCGCGGCCCUUCUGCACAGACGCUCCGUCCUGGCUAGGCGUGGGGUGCAGGCAGGCGUCUUCUGUCUUUCGAGGCUGCUGCUCGCCUCGGCACAGGUUUUAGGAAAGGGGCCCUGUGUCUCUCCACCUUCAGGAGCAAGGAAAUUUGCCCUAAGUAUUUAUUUAAGGGACCUUUUCUUUUUCUUGAUGUCUUUCUUCCUUCUUUUCUUUCCUUUUCUUAAAUGGGGGCUACAUGAUAGGAGAAGGAAGUUGCAGGGAGGACCGGAAUAUGAAGACUUUGUUUCCCGGGAGUAAACACAGUCCCAGUACUUCUGAAAUGCGUCUCAUGCUGUGGUCAAAACCCCCUUAGGUGCUCCCUUCAGAGGGACGCAUCUGCCGUUUGUCCCGCAAGCAGAUGUUCUUGACUAGGCUGUAGACUUCUCGGCGGGACCCGGAUGUGAUGAACCUGCCCCGCCGAGGGUCCCCGCCGAGGGUCCCUGGUUCACUUGCUGGAAGCCAGGGAGGAAGAGAACGUGUGGGGGCAGCUCCGACCUGACUGUCCUCCCCGAGCCAGCCGUGGCUCCCACCUUCCCCUGGUGGAGCUCCGCACCCCAGCAGCCGCACGAGGGCAUGAGCCAGGGUGCCGGGCUCCCGGGGCCCCUCGUGCGCCUCGGCUCAGGCACACACGGCUGAGAGGCUGCAGCCGGACGGAAAAGACCCUUCUGAACAGGAAGGCGCAGGCCAGAUCAGGUCGUGAUUCAGGAAUAAAGGCUGACAAUCAGGUCGUCUGCCCAAAUCCUAUAUUGUAACUGGCAGAAGGUUUGAAGUGAGGCCCCGUGAUCAAGGAAAAUCAAGAGCCCAGCCCCAGAUUGGGGAAACUGGUUUUCCCACAUCUGGACACAUGGUUAGAGCUCUCCCUCAUGUUCUGUAAAAAUGUCUUCCCUUUCUCCGUCACCUGGGAGCUCUCCUCCCAAGUAAAGGCGACUGCUGGGGUCUGAAGCCAGGUGGUCGCACCAGUCCUUCCAGCAGCCCGGUCUAUCCCACCGCGUGGAUGCACGGUGAAGCCGCGUUUCCCCAGCAGAGUCGGUCCAUGCCGGGGGUCGGGCAGAUAGGACCGGGUGGCGUCACGGGGUCACCGGCAGAGUCUAGCUUUGCUGCGCGCUCCCGCUCCUGGUUCCGCCUGCACACGUCCCCGCGCCAUCCCUGAGAACCCUGCCCUGCACGCGGCAGGCGCAGCUGGCUGCAAGCUUGGAGGAGUGAAGGAUCUGUUUUCCUGUAAUCAGGUGUGUGUAGUUUGCUAGAAAAUUGCUACUCAGACAACGGGAACAAGCAUGGAUCUCUUAAUCCGGGCUUUUACCAGUGGCCAAAGACUCCAUCAGCGUUUUUCUUGGUUCCUCGAUGCUUCGGUAUUUCAGCCGCAGUGCGUCUGACCCUGUGGUACAGCUCUCCCGUCAGGAGGUGCUCACUCGCGUGUGAAGGAUGGUUUCCCAGAUCAUCCGGAGGCAGUUCUGUUUUCUUCCAAGAAACCGCUUCAGAGUCAAAUGUCCAGGUUCGGUUUCUCCUGCACACAUCCCGCCAGCCCCGGCGGUGCUGCCUCAUCAAGCUCCGCGUGCCUGUCAUGGGGCGUGUGCUGCUCCUGCAUUAUGAUCUCAUCGGGAUCGCUGCUCUCUCUUGUUCCACAACCUGCCCCCCUUCCUCCUCCGUCUCCUCCCCCUCCUCUCCCUCCUCCUCAGCCCGCAGCUAUUGAUUCCACAUAGGCUCAGUCUGGGAAUACGGGCUGGAGGCUCUGGUGCAUUGCAGCAUUUUCUCCCCGUAGCCGUGGGAAGGAUGUACUUUCUGAGCCAAGGAGCAUUUUAUCAAGAGUGUACAUAUCACUGCUAAACGUUCUGCUUUGGAGCCUCGCACUAAAACGUGUUCUUGUUUAAUACUUAAGAGUCUAUUACCAGGAGCCAGUCCUUAUGGCCGGCUGAGAGUGUGCAGGAUGCCUGUUUGAGUUGUGAGUGGCGUUCUGGCCAUCUCCCACCUGCUGAAGCAUCUUCUCCGAGGAAGGUCUUAGCACAUUAGAUGGUCUGAUGAAGUGGUUGGCUCUCCUCCCUGCAGCCCGCGGAACAGCGGGGCCGUUCUUGCUGACAAGCUGCUGGAUUUCAAGGGAAGCAGAUCCCAGCCCCCUCCUCGGCCCAUUUCCACACUCCACACUCCACACUCACCCCUUGGCUUUCCUCUGACCCACCCCGGCCUUUGAACAGAUCGAGAAUGUGCAGAGUCCCCGAUGCCUGUGGCUUGCUGCCUGUUUCUCCCAUUCGGAUUCAGUAGAUGAGUAGCUUCCCCACUAAAGAAUUUAGGCUUUGACAUGGUACUUCUUGGUGUGUCAAGAAUGUGUUCAUCCGGAACAUACCGUAUGUUCCAAAAGAUUGCUCUUGACUCCAGGUUUCUCCAGGCUGUUUGGGGCAGGAAGUCUUGAAAAGUGACCCACAUGAAUUGAUGCUAAUACUUGUCGCCCCUGGAGUGUGGUUAUCUAUUGGUGACCGGAACACUCCAGGUUUCCCCGGGGACUACUCUGUUGCCUGGCAGUGCAUCGGUGCCCCUUCUGGAUGGUUUAUGCUUGAAAAAUGUUUCUUGGUGGCUCUCUGUUAGGGAAUGGGAUGUGCACAUCCCCCGAGCUACUGUGCGAGGAAGGCAGCCUGGCCGAGAGAGGGACAAGGCAGUGUGGGAACAAGGAUCUGGUCAUGUUGCACAGGGACUGUUGCAAUUCUGAGGGCAGAAGUCUGCAGGCAGGCCGUUUGGGAAGGAGGAAUUCUGGACGAAGUCAGUAAGGGUCGAAGUGAGACAGAAAAGCUCACUCACUUCCAGGACAGCUUAUUUUAGAGCAAGCUUUGAGGUUUUGUAGUGGACAGCCAAAUCGGACAGGGGGGCCAGCAGGGCAGCCUUCUUAGCAUGUAAGAUACUUAUUACAAAAGGAUCCCCAAAUCCUGGCCACACAAGGGGGCGGUUCUUGGCGCCCUAAGCAGCUUUUGCCAACCAUAAAUUGGAUUUGCCUGGUCAUGUGACCUCAAAAGAAGUCAGACACAUCUAAUCCAAACACAAGUUUCAUUUGGGGGAGAAAAUGUCUGUAAAUAUCAUUUGCUUUCCAGGUUAGAUUGGGAUGCAGGAGUUUUCAGUAUUUUUUUUUAACACUAAUGAUCACUGAAGAGUAUUUAUGCAGACAUGUACCGGGUGGGGGUUCUGAUCAGGGUGACGUAUGGGACGAAUUCUCUUGCUGUGAUGCAAACAUGUAAAAUAAAGAUUCUCUGACGGAAAUGUAUGUUUGUAA